GUAGUCACAAGUUUACAAUUCCAUAUCAUAAGACACACUAUUCGCUACAUUGCUUUUCUGACCAAUAUGCAUGGCUCACGCGACAUAGCUCAACAACAACUACAUCAAUGUCACCUAACAAUAACGAAACCCCCGAAAAUCGGCGUCCGGAAUUACCAAACAGGCACAAAGUACCAUGCUACAUACACAGUAGAUGAUCAUCAGUGAUCCAAGCGAGACGGACCAAUCGCUUAAACACACAGCACCAAUAACAUCUACUAGACAGAUGCUAGAUACUUCUCCUGUACCGCGCCUACUGCGAUCAUCACUACUUAGCCCUAUUAGGUCCAAUCGAGCGGGUAGUCCCGAACGCAAGUUUCUACACAGUAGUCUAUCACGUCGGAACUCGGAUGUUCGGGUUUUAAGGAGGCUAGCUUGUGAUUACUUCUCUCCUGUAGCCAAGUACUGCUUUGUUGAUCGUUGGUCAUUAGACCUUUCUUUGCACUGUCCCUGAACAUUUGAUCUAACCACAUAUCUUUGAAGUGGUCAAUACUGAUUUGGUUGUACUUAUCGUUCCUCUUCAUACGUAAGCAAGUGGUGAACUCAUUGAGUGAAGUCCUGAAAUGAGAUACUAUCCUGUAGAUACUAUACGGAGCUUACAUUGGUUAGGAGACAUACUCCAUCGAGCCUCAGAAAGGCUAACUGACACUCAGAUAUUAACUAGUGCUAACUAUAAUGUCCAUCCAUUAGACAACUCAUUAGUAAGUCAGUUGAUGCAUGUGCUAGCUAGCUACUUACCUAGCCAGCCUUACACCGAUAGCUCUAAGCCUUAUGGAAUCCCCUGUAUUGCUUUUCCCUUUUAUUUCCUAUUUCUUC